AAAACCAGAAAUGGCCAAGUCUUGACUCAUCCAAAGGGAAGAAAGUCAUCAAGUCAUGUAUUAAUAUGUAAAACUUCUUUUGUCUGGCUAGGCCCAUAUCCAGUAGUGUUGAUCACAGCUCCUGAACAUGUAAAGGAGAUUCUGACAAAGAGUUAUGUUUAUCUAAAGCAAACUCAUCCCAAUCCAUUGACCAAGUUAUUGGCUCAAAGUCUUGUAAACCUUGAGGAAGAGAAAUGGGCCAAACACAGAAAAAUUAUCAAUCCUGCCUUCCAUGUGGAGAAGUUAAAGCAUAUGCUGCCAGCAUUUUAUCAGAGUUGUAGUGAAAUGCUAAGCAAAUGGGAGGAGAUUGUUCCAAAGGAAACGUCAUUCGAAUUCGACGUAUGGCCAGAUCUUCAAGUAAUGACCAGUGAAGUCAUUUCUCGCACAGCAUUUGGGAGUAGCUAUCAAGAGGGAAGAAUAGUAUUUGAACUUCAGAAAGAACAAGCUGAGUAUGUAAUGGAAAAAGGACGUUCAAUUUAUGUACCAGGAUCAAGGUUCCUGCCUACUAAAACGAACAAGAGAAUGCUGGAAAUCGAAAAGGAAAUUCAAACAACAAUUAGGCGUAUCAUUGACAAAAGAUUGAGGGCGAUGAAAGCGGGGGAGACUAAUAAUGAAGACUUGUUAGGCAUAUUACUUGAAUCCAAUUUGGAAGAAAUUGAACUGCAUGGAAGCAAAGAGUUUGGAAUGACAACAUCAGAAGUGAUUGAAGAGUGCAAGUUAUUCUAUUUUGCUGGCCAAGAGACCACUUCAGUGUUGCUUGUUUGGACAAUGAUUUUGCUGUGUUUACAUCCAGAGUGGCAAGUACUUGCCAGAGAGGAAGUGUUGCAGGUCUUUGGAAAUGAUAAACCAGAUUUGGAAGGACUAAAUCGCCUUAAAAUUGUGACCAUGAUCUUGUACGAAACGUUAAGGCUAUUCCCACCAUUACCUGUAUUUGGUAGAAGGACUAAAGAAGAAGUGAAAUUGGGAGAGCUAAAUCUACCAGAUGGAGUGGUACUCCUUAUACCUGCAGUUUUGGUACAUUAUGACAAGGAGAUAUGGGGUGAAGAUGCAAAGGAGUUCAAACCAGAAAGAUUCAGUGAAGGUGUGUCAAAGGCAACAAAUGGACAAGUCUCAUAUAUACCAUUUGGCGGGGGACCUCGAAUUUGCAUUGGACAGAACUUUGCAAUGUUGGAAGCAAAAACGGCAAUAACUAUGAUACUUCAACGAUUCUCUUUUGAGCUAUCCCCAUCUUAUACACAUGCUCCAUUUGCAGUUGUGACUAUUCAUCCUCAGUAUGGUGCUCCUCUGCUUAUGCGCAAACUUUAAAAUUAUAUUUUACAUCAUUGGCAUUGUAUUCUCCAUGCUUUGAAUGAGCGAUACUAAAUUGUCGCGUGAUGGCUGAAGUUGCUCUUCGAAUUUAAACACUGCUUGGUUAAUGUUA